AUGUCCAUCUUCUCGCCAUCGCAUUUCUUGUCGUACAUCGAAGGAGCAUCUGCUGAGGAUGAGGUCCAAGAAAAGGCGUGGAAAGUAUCGAGCACCUCUUCGGUCAAACCGACGUGUCGAGGCUUCUCACUCGCUCUUCUGGGGCGGAUCGUCGAGCCUUGUGCUUCGGGAUCCGUCUGUGCUGCAGUUGGUUGUCGGCCAUAUAGUCGACGAGCUAGCAAGAAGAGGAAUGCUAAACCUAGCAGUAGCGCGCCCACGAUUACGCAUGCUAUCAACGGCGUGGGACCCGUUGAGGAGCUUGAAUCUGCAUUCGAUGUCGAUGUGGCCGCAGCUGAAGUCGAUGCGGUGGAGGCUGAAGUGGCAUGUCCGAGGUUGACCGAGUCCGCAACCAUGUUGAUCAAGGUUCUGACUGGCGAGAUAGAGGGCGAGCUGUGA